GGUCCCUGCGGUGUCAGGUAUCAAACGUCCCGCCUCACCUGAGGCCGCGGGGCUUCCAGGAAGGAAGCGAAGGCGGCGCUGUCUCUGCCGACUGAUGCGGUCGAGCUUCAAACGCACCUUCAAAACUUCUGAGACACAGGCGGCUGAAAGAGGGCGGAUCAGAGGGGAGGGCACAGGUAUAAAAACAAACGCACCUGAAGGCAGCAGCAGGAUCAGACCUGCAGCCCCGGGCUGAGUCCAGAUCCUGCAGGUUUUCUUUAAGAACCGAACUGAUUUUACAGAGAAGAGCUGUUUGAAUUCAAGAAGAGAAUUACAGAAAAAACAACUUUUUCAAAAGUUUUAUAGGAACUUUUUUCUUGUAAGGAGGUGAUAAAAGAUCCCGCAGGGACUCAAACUAAUUCUUCCAUCAACCAGAUCAGUUAUUAAAGACAGCAGAGUGGCGUAGAGAAUUAAAGUGGUGAAAGCAGCUAAUUGUGAAGUUCAUCAGACCUGCAGUUCAACCGUCAGGUUUCCUCGGAGUUAAAGGAGCAUCCAGUGUUUUGUUUUGACAGAGGAGCGAUCGAUCGAUCGAUCGGAGGAUGUGGAUGUGGAUGUGGCGUAGCGUCCUGUGCGUGUCUCUGGUCUGUGGUCUGGCUCUGGACUCCAACACCAUCAGAUCCUCCAAAGAGACGACGCAGCAGAGCCCCGAGCUGCCGGAUCGUUCCCAUGGCGGCCAGGUGGAGCGUCCGGUACGGCGCCGGACAGAGACGACGUUAAACUCCAAUCGAGGACAAACACCUCCAUGUUCUACACCCGACUGCUACGUACCUCAGAGGGAAGGAUGCAGUAACAGAGCUCAGAAGACACCGUCCUCCAAGGACAGACCGGUGGACACAUACCAAGACAGAGAGACAGACAGACAGAGCAACACUGACGGCUUCAACAGGACGAAAGCUCCAGAGAUGUCGAGCUGCGUGCGGUCCGGUGACUGCGCGGCCGGCCUGUGCUGUGUCCGGUAUCUGACCGGUAAGCGGUGUCAGAGGAUCCCGGUGGAGGGCGAGGCCUGUCUGCUGCCAAGGGCCACCAAACUGAGGAGGAAGCUGGGACGCUGCGACUGCGAUGCAGGGCUGUUCUGCGCCGCCGUCAGCCGGGCGGAGGCAGGGAAAGCCAAGGGCCAGGGGGUGUGUCGGCCGAGCCGGAAACAGGGCGAGAGGAAAACAAGGCAUUCUGGGAAGAAAAGGAGGACGGCAGAGAGAAGCUGCUGA